CUCGCGCACACUCGCGUUCACUUCCACCGGCUAUGCUUGUCAUUUUUGUAAUUAUCAUCAUCAUUGUCAUUAAUAUCUAUUUACAUCACUACGGCAGUCGUACACAUAUAUACGUCUCCGAGUUUAAGUUUAGUAUAAUAACACGACUUACGACAUUCGGUAUUGGGUAUUAUUGGCCAUAAUAAACCUUCACCCACCGGUCGAACGACUUUAAUAUGGUCUAUUUCACGGAAAAACUCAUAAAUGAGAUACGCAAGCGGUCGUGCAUAUGGGACACGGCUGACGUGAACCAUCUCAACAAGGAAAUGCUGACCAACAUGUGGACGGAGAUCGCUGGAAAUCUUUACUCCGAUUGGCACACACUCGGCGUUUUUGAUAAACGCGAUAGAGUGUCCGAUGUUAAAAAAAAAUGGACAAACAUCAAAGACUCGUUCGUCAAGGAUGUCAAGGGCAAUAAACCUAAAAAGACAUUACGCUUACCCGAGCACAGGAAAAAGUACUAUCUGUUCGAUCACCUACAGUUUUUGAUGCCWUUCAUCCAAGAUACAAAAUCAGGUGGCGGUGUUCGACCAGCCGAAGACGGAGCCGGUUUAUCGGUGAGCAAGAAAAUGCGUAAAAAUACGCUACUCGGCGAAGGCUCAUCACGGAACGCACCAUCGAUGGUGGUGGCGCCCUCGGAAACUGCAGCCAAAAGACCGGAAACGUUGCAACCGGAUGUACAACAGCACGCCGACUUGCUCAACAACUUCGCGGGCAAGGCGGCMACGAACGCGCUAUGCCAGCUAGACGGCGACUUGUCGUUUAUAGUUUCGCUGUUACCCACCAUCAAGUCGAUGAACGAAAAGCAAAAGAUCAACUUCAAGAUCGGCGUCCUGCAGCUUAUGUCCCAGAUCAAGUUUGACGAAGUGGAAAACAAUCCCCAUACUGCGACCACGAAUGAGCAGUUAAACGCGGCGAUCACCAAUCACAUCCUUCCUCGACCACGCCAACUGCAUCAGGUGUCAAACGUCAGAAACCCGCGAGUUAACGUGGCUGUGUCGUCUACUCAGCAACUGCAGCAUAAUCACAAUCAAAAACUGGAUGUCGAGCACGGGUCACCGCAAGUUAAACAGGAAGUGGUCGAUUUGAGUCCGGGGUCAUCGUCGUGGUGUUAUGAUAACGACACCAGCACUGAAGAAGAUGUGGAAUAUACACUUGAUCGAAAUAAUUAUAAACCAUCUUAAUAUUUUAUUUAGAAUCUAUAGCGGACCCACGAUUUUUUAUUUUUUUGUUUUCUUUGAUUUUUUGUAUAAUAUAGUAUACAAUGAAAUAUUUAUGUAUGUGAUAUGCUUAUCAGCAUUGUGAAUAAAAACGC